AUGACCGGGUUGGCCACGGCCUACUGGUUGCGACGAAGCGGAGUGAGCGACGUGCUGGUUCUCGAGCAGCGUGAUGGGUUGGCGCACGGGGCGACCGGCCGCAAUGGCGGUCACUGUUGGCCUUCUUUCACGCCCUUCUCUGAGUCCAAGCUCGAGCUCUACGGCAGGGAAGAGGAAGCGAGGCUGUCCGAGUUCAAGAAGCAGAACUUUGAGCUCAUCAAGGAGUUCAUCGCCACGCACGACGUCUCGUGCGAUUUCUGCAGCCACGGCUGCCUCGAGCUCGCCCGACACGAGUCGGAAGCCGUCUUCUUGAAGGACUACAUGGAGCAAGUCAAGGCUACCAAUCCCGACCUGGGCCUCGAGUGGUGGGACAAAGAGAAAUGCGAGCAGGAGGCGCACUCGCCGAGCUUCCUGGGCGGCUCUACCAGCCCACCGCGGCGUCCUUCUAACCCGGCGAAGGAAGAGGAAGCGAGGCUGUCCGAGUUCAAGAAGCAGAACUUUGAGCUCAUCAAGGAGUUCAUCGCCACGCACGACCUCGAGCUCGCCCGACACGAGUCGGAAGCCGUCUUCUUGAAGGACUACAUGGAGCAAGUCAAGGCUACCAAUCCCGACCUGGGCCUCGAGUGGUGGGACAAAGAGAAAUGCGAGCAGGAGGCGCACUCGCCGAGCUUCCUGGGCGGGCUCUACCAGCCCACCGCGGCGUCCUUCUACCCGGCGAAGGUCGUCUACGCCCUGGCCCGCGAGGCCAGGAAGCUGGGCGGCGUCCAGAUCAUGACCAACACGCCCGUGCUCGACAUCACGGAAGACCAGCCGCACCACUACCGCCUGCGAACCGCCAACGGUGGCGAAGUCACCACCUCGUGUGUGGUCCACGCCACCAACGCAUGGGCUCCCGCGUUGGCCCUCAUCACUUCGCCCAUCUCGCAGCUGCGCUGGCUGCGUAACUUGGCGUUCGAUGACGGCUUCCAGUACAUGAUCCAGCGAGAGGACGGGCGGAUCGUAUUGGGUGGCAUGCGCUGGGUCACGCCGACCAAGGAAAGGGACACGCUGGACGACUCGAUCUGUGUGAGGGAGAUCAGCGAGAAGCUCCACGAGUUCCUCGAAGAGAACUUCCCCAGCCUGCAGGAGGACAAGGGCCAAGGCGUGGGCGAGGGCAAGAUUCCGUUUCGGGUCGAGCACGAGUGGACGGGCAUCAUGGCCUACAGCAAGGAUGGGGCGCCGCUCGUCGGCCCUCUCACCCCACUGGCCCCGCUCGAAGGAGGAGUGCGCGCGGGUCAGUACAUCGGCGCGGGCUACACGGGCAACGGCAUGGCCAACUGCUUCGCCGCGGGAAAGUCGCUGGCCGAAAUGAUCUCCGGCCAGCUGCAGCCGGAGGACUGCAUACAAUGUCUGCUGCCCUCGCGCUUCUUCGACGACGCCAAGCGGAGGGAGAUUGAGCGACAGGCCGAGGAGGAGGACGACGACAAUGAAUGGUACUAG